AUGACCAAGGUUGGCUUUUCUGGGGAUGAUUCUCCAAUGGGUGUUUUCCCAAGUAUAGUUGGUCGUCCUCGCCAUACUGGUGUCAUGGCUGGAAUGGGACAUAGAGAUGCCUAUGUUGGCUAUGAAGCUCAAUGUAGAAGAAGUAUUUUGACUCUGAAAUAUCCCGUUGAGCAUGGGUUAGUAACAAACUGUGAUGAUAUGGAGAAACUGUGGCAUCACGCAUUUUACAAUGAACUUUGUGUCGCUCCCGAGGAGCAUCCUGUUCUUCUGACUGAGGCACCGUUUAACUCCAGGGCUUAUCGAGAGAAAAGGACUCAAAAUCAUAUUUGAGACGUUCAAUAUUCCAGCGAUGUAUGUUGCAAACUAGGCUGUCCUUUCCGUUUUUGCUAAUGGUCGUACAA